UAGCGGAAGAAUCAUGUGGUCCUUUCGAGAUCUAUAAAUGGGCCGCGUUGCAGCAGUCAGAAAGUAGUCCUGAAAUUUACCCAUUUAUCCGAAGGUAGUAUCGUUUAGCCUCGCAAAAUUCAUUGCGGAUACCGUUAGUAUCAUCCCGCACCGAAAUUUCGACAUUUCGAGCGCCUACAGAGACUGCUCGAACGCGGCCUUGAUCUCCCGUAAAACCGCCAGUUGCUAAUACCGUUCAGUGCGCAAUCAUGCCGAGCGACGCGAAGAAGAAGAGGGACCAGAAGAAGAAGGAAGCGGCGAAAGCGCGACAGAAUGGAGGCGUCAAGAAGCCGACCCAGAAUGGUUCGUCAGAAACCAACGGCGACGGCAAAAACAGUCCCGUCGAGCUCAGCGCGGAGGAGGCACUUUGCGCCAAGCUGGAAUCCGACGCGCGUCUGAACGCAGAAGCACGUGCCUGCACGGGCUCUUUGGCGGUGCAUCCCAGAAGCAGGGAUGUCAAGAUUAGCAACUUUUCCAUCACCUUCCACGGCUGUGAAAUGCUGCAAGACACAAUGUUGGAACUCAACUGUGGCCGAAGAUACGGUCUUUUGGGUGCCAAUGGUUGUGGCAAAAGUACAUUGCUGGCAGUUUUGGGCAAACGAGAGGUGCCUAUUCCAGAGCACAUUGACAUUUUCCACCUAACCCGUGAAAUGCCUGCAUCUGAGAAAAACGCCCUUCAAUGCGUCAUGGAAGUGGACGAAGAGCGUGUCCGACUAGAGAAACUUGCCGAAGAACUUGUAGCAUGCGAAGAUGAAGAGGCGCAAGAGCAAUUAAUGGACAUUUAUGAGCGACUUGACGACAUGAACGCUGACACAGCCGAAGCGCGAGCCGCCAACAUUUUGCACGGCCUUGGUUUCACCAGAGAAAUGCAACUGAAGAAAUGUAAGGACUUCUCUGGUGGCUGGAGAAUGAGAAUCGCUCUUGCUCGAGCGCUGUAUGUGAAGCCUCACUUGCUGCUGCUCGAUGAGCCCACCAACCACUUGGAUCUCGAUGCCUGCGUGUGGCUUGAGGAGGAACUGAAAACUUACAAGCGCAUUUUGGUGGUUAUUUCGCACUCGCAAGAUUUCUUGAACGGUGUCUGCACCAACAUUGUCCACUUGGAUAAGAAGAGGCUUAAAUACUACACUGGUAACUAUGAUGCUUUCAUCAAAACGCGUCUGGAGUUGCUGGAGAACCAGAUGAAGCAAUACAACUGGGAGCAGGAUCAGAUCGCGCAUAUGAAGAACUACAUUGCUCGUUUCGGUCACGGCAGCGCCAAACUUGCUCGUCAAGCGCAGAGCAAGGAGAAAACGCUGGCUAAGAUGGUGGCACAGGGUCUGACUGAGAAAGUGUCCAGUGACAAGUGUGUCAGUUUCUUCUUCCCGUCGUGCGGCACCAUUCCGCCCCCCGUCAUCAUGGUGCAGAAUGUCAGCUUCAGGUACAAGGAUGACGGACCCUUAAUUUAUAAGAACCUUGAAUUUGGUAUCGACUUGGACACUAGACUGGCCCUGGUCGGGCCAAACGGAGCCGGAAAAAGUACAUUGCUUAAGCUACUCUACGGAGAUCUGAUUCCGACUGAAGGAAUGAUUCGCAAGAAUUCUCAUUUGAGAAUCGCAAGGUACCACCAACACUUGCACGAGUUGCUCGACUUGGACGUUUCGCCAUUGGAGUACAUGAUGAAGUCUUUCCCUGACAUUAAGGAGAAAGAGGAAAUGCGCAAAAUUAUUGGUCGCUAUGGACUGACAGGCAGGCAGCAGGUUUGCCCAAUCCGACAGCUGAGUGACGGUCAGAGGUGCAGAGUCGUGUUUGCUUACCUCGCGUGGCAGGCACCGCAUUUGCUUCUGCUGGACGAACCUACCAACCACUUGGACAUGGAGACGAUCGACGCCCUUGCUGAAGCUAUCAGUGAAUUUGAAGGCGGCAUGGUGCUGGUUAGCCACGACUUCAGGCUCAUCAAUCAGGUGGCUGAGGAAAUUUGGGUGUGCGAAAACGAAACCGUAACCAAAUGGCAAGGCGACAUUCUUACUUACAAGAGCCAUCUUAAAGACAAGAUCACCAAAGCUGAAGCUAAUGUGUCUUCCAAAACCAGGUCCAACCAGAAGAAGUGGUGAUUGCCUCGAGCAGCCGUCGCUACGUACACAAUAAAUUUUGAACUAAUAUUGCUUGACCACACACUUCAAUUUAUUUAUUGAUUGCAAGUGUAAACAAUUUUCACUCUUGUUUAACUUGACACCAAAGUGCAUGGAAAUUUUUUGCACCCUGAUCACCAACCCAAGCUUCAGUUAGUUUUCUUGCUUGUACGAUGACUUAAAAGACACCUAAGUCAAUCCUCACGAGUUAAGGAUAUAAGUUAUUGUGAUCAUUACAGUUUAACAGUUAAAUCCAUGUCUGUUCUAUUUAAUAAAAAAGCUAUCCUGAUUUUGUGCAUUCAAA